GAGCUGUGUCAGGUCAUCGAGAAAGAAGCCGAUGCACUGAUAGAGGAGAUCGAAGGCCUUCCCCAGCCAAGACGCGGCCUGAUGCAGACCGAGCCCAGUUGGGAUAUGUGGCUGACGAAGCGAUCGGAGCCUGAAGUGUCCGGCGAUGGGUUCUGGGUGGUGAAUAGAAGCUCGUGGGGGAGUGACAAGUGGCUGGUCCCGAUUGCAUCUAUCGGCUUCAGUUCUCAUGAAGUUAGAUGAUCCUCGCACCACCGGGUCUUCUGCUCGCGUGUUGAGAGAAGUUCCGGACGAGACGACACUCCGCCGAGCUGUUGACUGGCUUGAGAGGUGCAACGAACAUGAGUAUUGUAGUACUCGCGGGAUAUCAUCUCUACCAAGUCGUGUGCUUGACGUUGGAACACUAGAGUCCGGUCCCGUCAUUAAACUCAUCGAGCCAGGUGCUGAUCUCCACGAUCGGUACAUUACUCUAAGCUACUGCUGGGGUCAAGGAUUGAAGCAGUUCACCACAACAAACGAAACAAUGCAAGCCCGAAAGGAGGGUUUCUUACUAGACUCCUUACCACAGACCCUCAAGGAUGCAGUUUUCAUUACUCGAAAACUCGGAGUCCAGUACCUCUGGAUCGACAGUCUCUGCAUCUGCCAGGAUGAUCUCAAAGACUGGGAGCGAGAGUCGGGUCAAAUGGCAGCAGUCUACUCUAAUUCCUACCUUACUCUUGCGGCCACAAAGUCUCCAGACAUCAACGGGGGUCUCCUCUCGUCUCGAAAGAAAAGGACGUACUUGAAGCUCCCUUGGGCAAGUUCAAGCAACGAAGACACAUUCAUGCUUGCGUCUGUUCUACCUCUCCACAAAGAAAUCAUCCACGAGUACCACUUGCAAAUGAGGGAGGAACCCCUGACUAAAAGAGCUUGGGGCUUUCAAGAACGUGUUCUUGCCCGAAGAAUACUACACUUCGGAAGCGAACAAAUGUACUGGGAAUGUCUCGAGGGUUUCCAGGCCGAAGAAGGUCUCAAACUCCCACACCGACUACCAUGCGUCAAUCCCGACCCAGAAGUGAUUGCCCAUGUGGAAAAGCGCGCCGAGGAGCAGGCAGAGCUUCACAAAGAUUUCAAUCACUCUGCGUCCUCUCUCAAGGCUUGGCCUCACCUCGUGUGCGAGUACGGACCUAGGGAGUUGACGAAUCCGGCCGAUAAACUACCUGCAUUCUCCGGCGUGGCAAAGACGUUCAGCAAGAUUCUCGACGACGAGUACUUAGCAGGGUUGUGGCGAGGUUCCUUGAUCGAGGGGCUGUGUUGGCAGCCAUUGAGCUGCAAGCCUGCUUCGGGAGGUUACCGCGCUCCGUCGUGGUCCUGGGCCUCUGUCGAUGGUACGCCUGCGACGGGAUUCUUGGGUGAGAGUGUACCUCACGCCGAAAUCAUUGAGGCAAAGGUUGAGAUUGACGGCGAAAACCCAUUUGGUCGUGUUAAAGACGGCUGGAUCAAGCUUGAGGCUCCGCUUGUUAAGAUGGUCGUGUCCGACAACAAAGGCCUGACAGGACACAUACUCCUGAGGACCGAGAAGGGCGCGACUGACUUCUACGCAAUGCUGGACACGAUGGACCGGAACUAUGCUGCUAGCGGGAAUCUCUUCAGGUCAAUGGAUCUGAGUGCUGUCGUUCUGGCCUUCACCUAUGGCACUCCUUUCAAGGCUGAUCCCGAGCGGAAGGAUCCUUGUGCUCAAGCGCUACUUGUGGUCCCUUCGGAGGAUCGACCGGGUUGUAUGAGGAGAAUUGGGAUGCUCGUCCAGGACGGAGCAGCCUUUGGGACAGAUCUACAGGCUUCUACGAAGUCUGUUGUCACUCUAAUAUAAUUUGCUUGAGGGAGUGAGGAGGAAAAAGGAAGUGCAGGGUAUCAUCAAUAUAUUUCAGACUUUACGUCAUGCC